AUGUUUGGCACGGGUAAUAUGGAAAUCAUCCGAUCACCCAAUGACGACAAUGGAUCUACACCAAAAUAUACAGCUUUAUCUUCUGCAUACGGCCCAAGACACAUCGGUGCGAGACGAANCAUCACUAACGAACCAUUCCAUUUUACAUCGAAUUAUGAACUUCGCCUGUACACGUCCGGUUGUUACUAUCUUGAUUCAAAUAAUCGAUGGCAAUCCGAUGGAUUGAUUGUCGGCUCAUUGACAAAUGUGAAUGAAACAGAAUGCUUAUCAACUCAUUUAACAACGUUUGCAAGUGGAUUUCUUGUGUUACCAGCACCCAUCAACUGGAAUUAUGUCUUCGCAAAUGUUGAUUUCAAUCGCAACAAAACAAUUUAUAUCACCGUAAUCUGCGUUUCUAUUCUUUAUCUACUCAUAAUGACCUAUGCACACUAUAAGGAUAAAACGGCCAUUGAAAAAUUGGGAGUGCUUGCAUUGGAAGAUAACCUUAAGGAAGAUCAGUAUUGCUAUCAAAUCACUGCUUUCACUGGAAAUCGAAAGAAUGCAGGAACCAAAUCUCGAGCUCAUUUCAUUCGCGCUGGUGAUGAAGAUGAAACACAGGUUCAAACCUUCAAUCAUUCCAAGCGACAGAUAUUUCAACGUGGCCAAGUGGAUUCAUUUGUGAUGACUGCAGGGAAGAAAAUGCGAUUGAUCAAUCGAGAAGUUCUGUCGUAUAUUUGUGUUCUUGUUCUUCUUAACGUUGUCAGCUAUUCUCAUCGAAUUGACUAUCAAUUCAAACAAGUCGAUCAUUCGAGAAAAUACCUUCUCAGUCCACAAAUUUCCACUAUCGAUGAAUAUUGGAAUUGGCUAGAGAAUGAUGUUUUGGAGAAGGUUUGUGUGCAAUCAUGGUGCAACGGCGAUCCGCCUCGCAAUCUCUCUGGAUAUUUCAAUGAUAAAAUAAAUCGACUGAUCGGGUGGGUCAAAAUGAGACAAUUACGUGUCAAAUCUGAACAAUAUGGACCGUGGAAUUCUACAUGCGAUUAUGAUUUUCGUUCAUCAAAUGAAGAAAAACGUUCAUUGGAACCAGGAUGGUCAACUGUAUUAGUUGAAAAAGCUUUUCAAUACACAGCAGAUAGUUAUGUUUAUGACUUUCGCGGCCGAUUAUCCGAUCUUCGAAGUAAUCUUUCUACACUUCGUCAAUUCAAUUGGAUCGAUAGUCAGACAAGAUUUAUCGAGAUCCAAUCGAAUCUAUACCAACCCAAUGUGAAUUUGUUCACUUCGAUAAAACUGCAAACAGAAUUUCAAUCAACUGGAUAUUCGCACUUUGAAUUUCACAUUGAUUCAUUUUCAUUUCAAAUGAUGUCAACUGUGUCUGAAUUAGUUUGUAAUAUUGUCUAUCUAAUAAUUAUCAUGGGUCUGAUGAUUGAACUGGUUCACUCAAUCAAACGAAUGAAAAUGAAAUACUUCCACAAUGUUUGGUCUUAUGUUAAUAUGAGUAUCAUCAUUUGCUCAUGGAUUAACAUGAUCAUCGUUGCAUUGAAACAUCAGCAAGCAAACAUCAUUGAGAAGUUCUUCGACGAAACCAACGACUAUGUUUAUAUUGAUCUGGACUAUGCAAUCAGUUUGGAUAAGUUAUUCAAGAACUUUCUGUACUUGACUUUGGUUCUUGGAUGGAUCAAGGUUGUUUGCCUUUGUCACGUUUACGGUCGAAUCAUACUUUUCGUUCAAACACUUGAACAUACUGCCAAUGUUCUGCUGUCGUUUUAUUACUCCUGUUCGCAAUUAUAUUGA